GAAAGGUGAUCUUGGGUCCAAGCAGUCCCAGAGUGCAGCCGCCUCUUUCCAAGAGCGGGGAAUUCCUUUGGAGAGGGACUUGCUCCAAGAAGUUCCCCAUGCCUCGGAAAGGAGUCGACUGCCACUUCUAUUUCAACUCUGUCUGCUUUAAGGGAGACAGCUGUCCAUUCCGCCACUGCGAAGCAGCUCUGGGGAGUGAAGAGGUCUGCAAGCUGUGGAUGCAGGGUCGCUGUUCCAGCAGCGACUGCAGGCUGAGACACACGAAAAUUGAUAAGAAGCGCAGUGAGAUUCCCUGCUUUUGGGAGAAUCAGCCGGGAGGCUGUCAGAAGGCCCACUGCCCUUUCCUUCACUUGAAGGAACGCAGUGGGAAUGGACCGACUGUACCACCAAGUGACGAAGCUGACACGAGCCUUCCUCUGAACAGCGGCCCUGCAGAAAGUCUGGAGAGCCAGACAGAGGUUGAGAAGGCAGCCGCGAGAGGUGACAUCCCAUCUUCCUCCCAUGGCCCGGCUGCGCAAAAGCGCAAGCGAUGUGAGGAGAAGGCCAAAGCAAGCGAGUUGCCUCUCAAGAAGAGAAUCAAGGCUGGACGCAAGGUGUUCCUCAGGUCUGCUGCUUGGAAAUCCACCUUCCCCACGAAGCAGACACUGAAGCGGAAGGCAGCGGACAUGGAACCGUCUGCUGCUGAGGACACCGAUGAGCCCCCAGCCCGAAAACUGCCUAGGGCCAUCGUUCCAGCCCUGCCUGGGGACAGCCUGGUGACCGUUGCUGCAGUUAAAACACCUCCGAGCAGUCUGGAACUGCUUCUGGGAAGCCAGGCAGACUCUGUGGCAGACGCUGUGCCUUGUGCCUCACAAGCAGCACAUCACAUGCAGCAGCUGAGCUGCACAGAGGCAGGGAAAGCGCUCGUCUGUGAGGAUGAUGACAUCGAGAAGUUGAUGAUGGAAAUCAUUGGAGAUGAGAUAGGAGACAUUGACAUGGACAGUGAGAAGGAUACGGACGAGCUCCUUCAGGAACUGUCAGACAUCAUUGACAGUGUAACACCGUAGUCUGAUUGUGUAUUUUAAAACAAACAACAACCAAAAACAAUUAAAACCAACCCUAUUUCUUUUCAACCAACCUUGUUCCUUUUCUUUCUUAUACUGUGGGGACACUUUUCCUGAAACUGUGCAACGUGUCUGAAAGCAAACUGGUCAAAAUCAGCAGCGCCUGCAUUCUGUUCUCCUGAUUUCCCUGCUGCUCAGAGUUCAGGGGCCGUGCACCCGUUCCUCUGGAUCCUGGCCAAGGGGGCAGCACGGAAUUGGUGAGGCCAGCAAGUGCUGGCGUUUGUGCCGCUGGCGCUAAGGAGCAGAAGGUGGCACCAUCCAUGGAGCUGCUCUGUACAAGCACCUGGCCCAACCUGGGUUGGGACGCCUCUCAGGGACGACCAAAUCCUCGGGGCUGUGGAUCAAUGGAAGCCGGGGCAAAGUCCUGCCACUCGAGUCAGCCUCAGUUGUCAUCUGCUGAGGAAUGGCAGUGCUUGGUGAAUGCCUGCUCUACGUUCAAGGUGAGGGUAACCGUGAGCAGAGGCCAGCUCAUUCUUCUUACAUCCACCUCCCUACUUGUUUAUGCCCUUUAAUUAUACGCAUUUGUUGCACAAGGGUUUUUGUUGCUUUACUUGAUCCACAUAUUUCUGUCUGUCCUUUUCUGUCUGUAUCUGUACAUAGACGUAGGGCAUCCUGUUAGUGAGUUGGAUCUUGUCAUCUCUGAAUCUGU